CUUUGUCUUUCAGAAAUGUAGAUGGCAGCUGCUGUCUUUGAAGGACUCGCGCCCAUCUGACCCUGCGCAGCGCCUGCGAUUGCUACCAUGAUCUUCUGCAUGCUGCUGUUGGCCUCACUGCCUGAGCCAUCUGGCACCGAAGUCAACCCUGCUAUAUGCCGUUACCCUUUGGGUAUGCACGAAGGGACAAUACGGGAUGAAGACAUCACUGCUUCCAGCCAGUGGUAUGAUUCCACAGGACCCCAGUAUGCACGGUUACAAAGGGAAGAGGGGGAUGGAGCCUGGUGCCCGGCUGGCUUGUUGCAACCAGAAGAUGUACAGUUCCUUCAAAUUGACCUGCACAAGCUCUUUUUCAUCACCUUGAUUGGGACUCAGGGACGGCAUGCCCGUGCCACAGGCAAAGAAUUUGCCCGUGCUUACCGAAUUGACUAUAGCCGCAACGGGGAGCGCUGGAUCUCCUGGAAAGAUCGUCAGGGCAGGAAGGUGAUCCAAGGCAACAUCGAUACUUACGACGUGGUCUUGAAAGAUCUUCGGCCACCCAUCAUUGCACGUUUUAUCCGGGUGAUUCCUGUGACGGAGAUGCCAAUGACUGUCUGUAUGAGGGUGGAGCUCUAUGGCUGUGUCUGGUAUGAUGGUUUGGCAUCCUAUAGCAUCCCUGAAGGAGGGACAAUAGCGGCUCCUGGCUUCCCCAUCGUUUAUCUGAAUGACUCGACCUAUGAUGGCUACCAGGAGCGCAGGCACUUGUAUGGCGGUCUGGGCCAGCUGACGGAUGGUGUGCUAGGACUGGACGAUUUCACGCAGAGCCACCAGUACCGUGUGUGGCCAGGCUAUGACUAUGUUGGCUGGAAGAACGAGAGCUUCAGCACAGGCUCUGUUGAAAUGGAAUUCCAGUUUGACCGACCACGGAACUUCACCUCCAUGAAGGUGCAUUGUAACAACAUGUUUUCCAAGGGGGUGAAGAUCUUCCAGAAGGUGGAGUGUCUGUUCAAACCACGCCUGAUUGCAGACUGGGAGUCUGAACCUGUUGGAGUGGCAACUGUCUUAGAUGACAAAAAUCCCAGCGCUAGGUUUGUGACUGUCCCCCUCAAUCAGCGCGUAGGUAAAGCCAUACUUUGCCGCUUCUACUUUGCUGACACCUGGAUGAUGAUGAGCGAGAUUUCCUUCCAGUCAGACAUGGAGAGCGUGAAUCCUAAUUUUGUUACGGCAGCCACAAGCACAACGGAUCUCCUGGAAACGGAGUGCAACGUUACUGAGGGGACCUGGGAAACCACAUCUUCUGUAACCAGCACCUGGAUAGGAGAGAAAGCGGAUGACUCCAAUACCUCCAUCCUCGUGGGCUGCCUUGUGGCUAUUAUUCUUCUGCUCCUGAUGAUUAUAAUCAUAAUUCUUUGGAAGCAAUAUGUUCAAAAAAGGUUGGAAAAGGCCCCACGUCGGAUCCUGGAGGAGGAUGCCACAGUUCGCCUCUCCUUCUACAGCUACACCAUUGCCAACAACCAAACCCAGAUCCACCAGUCAAAUCCCACCUAUGAACGUGCUUUCCCACUGGAUUUGGAAUAUCACCAGCCAGCUACGCUGCUCCAAAAGCUUCCAGAACUCUCCCAAAGUGCAGAGGAUUCAGUGUGCAGUGGGGACUAUGCUGAGCCUGACCUGACCAAGUCCACGCCUCACCAAGGCUUUCAGAACAAUGUUCCUCACUAUGCCGAAACAGAUAUCGUCCACCUGCAAGGCGUGACUGGCAACAACAUGUAUGCAGUCCCAGCCCUCACUGUGGAUUCACUUACCAAGAAGGACAUCUCAGUGGGUGAAUUCCCACGGCAGCAGCUGCGACUCAAGGAAAAGCUGGGAGAAGGACAGUUUGGAGAGGUGCACCUUUGUGAGGCCGAUGGCCUGCUGGAAUUCCUGGGAGUCUCGCCUGCAGAAUUCACUCACCAGCCGGUUCUCGUAGCAGUGAAAAUGCUGAGAUCAGAUGUCAACAAAACAGCCAGAAAUGAUUUCCUGAAGGAGAUCAAGAUCAUGUCACGGCUGAAGAACCCAAAUAUCAUCCGGCUUCUGGGGGUGUGUGUGCGUGAUGACCCACUGUGCAUGAUAACAGAGUACAUGGAAAAUGGAGACCUCAAUCAGUUCCUGUCGCAGAGGGAGAUCUACAGCAAAUUUGCCGUUUCAAACAAUAUUCCCUGCGUCAGCUACUCUAACCUGCUGUACAUGGCCACCCAGAUUGCCUCUGGAAUGAAGUAUUUAGCAUCUCUGAAUUUUGUGCACAGAGAUCUGGCAACUCGCAACUGCCUGGUGGGGAACAACUACACCAUCAAGAUUGCGGACUUCGGCAUGAGCAGGAAUCUUUACAGUGGGGAUUACUACCGUAUCCAGGGAAGAGCUGUACUGCCCAUACGUUGGAUGGCCUGGGAAAGCAUCCUCCUGGGCAAGUUCACCACAGCCAGUGAUGUCUGGGCAUUUGGGGUCACCCUCUGGGAGAUGUUCAUACUGUGUAAGGAGCAACCGUACAGCCUCCUCUCAGAUGAGCAAGUCAUCGAGAACACGGGAGAAUUCUUCCGGAGCCAGGGCAGGCAGAUCUAUCUCUCCCAGACUCCUCUGUGUCCUAACCCUGUGUUUGACCUGAUGCUGAAAUGUUGGAGCAGGGAUAUCAAAGAUCGUCCCACUUUUGACAUGAUUCACCACUUCCUGCUAGAACAAAUGGAAUCAAACAUUUGACUCCAGAAAAAGAGACAAACUGUUGAGAACAGAGUGACUUUGGUGUCUCCUUGCCUGUACCUCACGGGAAGAUGGUCAGGCCACCUUGCUCUCCUCCCUUGACUGUUCCGUAUUUAAGUUGAGAUGUCCAUGGCAGCUGCUCAUUCUAUUGGCCAUGGUCGGACACACAGGACCAGAGGAUCUCAUUUGGUUGAAAAAUCAUCUCCUCUUCUGAAUCAUUUCCUGGGAAUACUGUGAGAGGGGUUUUAUUUGACACCCGUACACCUUUGGGCAAAACGAA